AGUGUCAAGCUCUGAAUGACAUAAAAAAAAUUGUGGCCAAAAGUGGAUACCACAGUAAUAAGAUAUCAGAAACAGAUAAUAAACUUGCCGAUGAUGAAAGAAGGGAAAGGAUUCAAUAUCCUCUUGAUGAUGACCACAAUAAUUAUGUAGUGAAG